AAGAUCAAAAUCCUGAAAGAAAAAGAAAAAAAAAAAAAGGAAACAAAACACGAAAAGCGAGAAACAACAUGUCGUUUUCGGACGUUAUAUAAUCUGUUGGAGUUUCAAACUGAUCCUCUCAGCUAGAAUUACCAAUGUCUUUCGCGCUGAAAAUCGCUGGCAAUUCAGUACUCUCCUUGCAUCACCAGGGUUUCAAUAAGCUUCCCUGCACAUCCAUUUCUGUUGUUCCAAGGAUUUUUUACUUGCGGAAAUUGGAGAAUUCCUCGCUACAUCAGAUCCAUACUCGACGAAUCUUGUCAUUUAAAGGCGAAGGCAGUGCUUAUGGUUCUUCAGAUCCUGACAUCGCCAAUUCUAAUCUUGAAGAUUUUGAAUUUUCAGGUUCAGGGGAAAAAGCUGGAUCAGAUCAAGAAUCUUUCACUUCCAGCGAGAUAUUGAAGAAACUAAAGAGAUAUGGAAUCUCAGGAGUGUUGUCCUAUGGGCUCUUGAAUACUGCCUACUACCUCACGACCUUUCUCUUGGUGUGGUUUUAUGUUGCUCCAGCUCCUGGAAAAAUGGGUUACUUAGCUGCCGUGGAAAGAUUUCUGAAAGUGAUGGCCAUGGUAUGGGCUGGGAGUCAAGUUACUAAGCUUGUAAGAGCUGGAGGAGAUUAUCUUGUUCAGGGCUCUAGCUCUUGCACCUUUUGUAGACAGAGGAUUGUCGUGGUUCACUGUUAAAUUUAAAUUCGAGUCUCAGGGGAAGGCUUUCAUGGCAGUUGUUGGAUUCUGUUUUGGUCUGGCCAUCAUCCUAUUUUUGGUCGUGACAUUGCUAUGGGCGUAGAGUUACAUCUGCAUUUUUUUCAUGUGAAGCCCAAGACCAAAUAUAUAUAAUUGGGAGUGCAAUAAAAUCAUUUCUGAAUUGCCAACUCAGGAGAUAAGAAGAGUGAAAGAGGCUUCUCUAACCUUUGACUUUGCCUUGUAAAGAUUACGGAAUAUGUAGUUCAACAUUAGUUGUAAAAAGAUCUUAUUCUUUGCCUGCUCAGGGCUUCGUGUUUCAAUGCUUCGUAAUAUUUAAAAGAUCAUUAUAAAUAGUUAAUUA